AUGGCAUCAAGCGCAGACUAUAAGAAUGCACCUCUUAAUCUACCAAUAGAUGUUGCUAAAGAAUUAACAACAACAGCAAAGAAACUUGUUGAAGCAGGAAAGGGAAUUUUAGCAGCUGAUGAAUCUACCCAAACAAUUAAGAAGCGAUUUGAUAACAUACAAAUAGAAAACACUGUUGAAAAUAGAGCUAGCUAUAGAGACUUAUUAUUCGGUGCCAAGGGAUUAGGUAAAUUUAUAUCAGGUGCGAUUUUGUUUGAAGAAACCUUAUUUCAAAAAAAUGAAGCGGGAGUUCCAUUAGUAAAUUUAUUACAUAAUGAAGGAAUAAUACCAGGAAUAAAAGUUGAUAAAGGUUUAGUAUCCAUUCCAUGUACAGAUGAUGAAAAAUCAACACAAGGAUUAGAUGGGUUAGCAGAUAGAUGUAAAGAAUAUUAUAAAGGUGGAGCAAGGUUUGCUAAAUGGAGAGCUGUUUUAGUAAUUGACACUGCAAAAGGAAAGCCUACUGAUUUAUCUAUUAAGGAAACGGCAUGGGGGUUAGCUAGAUAUGCAUCUAUAUGCCAACAAAAUAGACUUGUACCCAUAGUUGAACCUGAGAUAUUAGCUGAUGGUCCACAUUCAAUAGAAGUAUGUGCUACUGUAACACAAAAAGUUUUAGCAUGUGUUUUUAAGGCGUUAAAUGAACAUGGUGUAUUAUUAGAAGGAGCAUUAUUAAAACCAAAUAUGGUAACAGCAGGAUAUGAUUGUACUGAAAAAACGAAUACAAAAGAUAUUGGCUUUUUUACAGUACAAUCAUUAAGGAGGACAGUACCACCAGCAUUACCAGGAGUUGUAUUUUUAUCUGGAGGACAAUCAGAAGAAGAAGCAUCUGUUAAUUUAAAUUCCAUUAAUGCUUUAGGACCUCACCCAUGGGCUUUAACCUUUUCCUAUGGUAGAGCAUUACAAGCCUCGGUUUUAAAUGCAUGGAAAGGAAAAAAAGAAAAUGUUGCAAAAGCAAGGGAAGUUCUAUUAAAAAGGGCUGAAGCUAACUCCUUGGCUACAUAUGGAAAAUACAAAGGAGGUGCAGGUGAUGCCAGUGCUGGUGCGUCACUUUACGAAAAGAAAUAUGUCUACUAA